GCGRGAUCAGUUAAUACACCAACGAGCCAGCCCUCGGUUGGUUCGAAUUCGAUAUUUCACUCACACAAUAAAAAAUAUAUUUAGGACACGUGUCGCGUGGUCGACGGGCAACAGGAAUCGUCGACGGCCAUAGUUUCCGUUCUUCGGCUUCAUUUACGGUUGGAAAGAGAUCUUUAGCCUCUGGACUCAUGUGAGCUUUGUCAUAGAAUGCCACAGUGGUUCUCAAAACACCGCAAAUCAUGAAAUCCUUGAGCAGUGGUGAUUUAUUCAAAGCUCCAUUGGUCGUAAAGAUCUUAGCUUUCUUUCUCAUUUCCUUCGCUUUCUUCCACCUCGGCAAGCACUGGUCCGACGGUUACCAACAGCUCAUUUUCUACAACAGCCGACAAUCCGCCGGCGAUGAUAAAUCCAGUUCUGUCGCAAUCUCUCCCAACGCUAACAAGACCUUCGAUCUAUCAUCCAUCACGGCUAACAAGACUGACAAUGUUCCGGAUCUAACAUCGCUCUUGAAUCUUUCAUCCACAACUCCUCCUCUAGAUAAUUCUCCACCUCCCGAUGCGCUCCCGUCACCCCCUCCACCUUCGCCGUCUCCGCCACCGGCGUCGGUGGAGAGAUUUGGAAUCGUCGAUGAGAAUGGCACCAUGGCAGAGGAAUUCGAGGUCGGUGAAUUUGAUCCUGAAUUGGUUGAGAAUUGGGGGAACGGAACUGAGACAGAGGAAGGGGAACAGAGUCAGAGUUCUAGGGUUAGGGUUAAGAGAUUUUCUCUUUGUCCAGAGCGUAUGAGAGAGUAUAUACCUUGUUUGGACAAUGUGGAGGCGAUUCAGAAGUUGAAUUCGAUGGAAAAGGGAGAGAAGUAUGAGCGGCAUUGUCCUGGGGAAGGUCGGAGUUUGAAUUGUUUGGUUCCAGCACCAAAGGGCUACAGGCUACCUAUCCCCUGGCCGAAAAGCAGGGAUGAGGUAUGGUUCAAUAAUGUACCCCAUACACGUUUGGUUGAAGAUAAAGGUGGCCAGAACUGGAUUUCAAGAGACAAGGAUAAAUUUAAAUUCCCUGGAGGUGGUACCCAGUUUAUACAUGGGGCAGAUCAAUACUUGGAUCAAAUUUCACAGAUGGUCCCUGAUAUUGCAUUUGGUCAUCAUACACGAGUUGUUUUGGAUGUUGGAUGUGGGGUAGCAAGCUUUGGUGCCUACUUGCUUACCCGCAAUGUAAUCACUCUCUCCAUAGCACCAAAAGAUGUUCAUGAGAAUCAGAUUCAGUUUGCUCUUGAGCGUGGUGUCCCUGCCAUGGUGGCAGCUUUUGCAACGCACCGUUUAUUGUAUCCAAGUCAGGCUUUUGAUUUGAUACAUUGUUCAAGAUGCAGAAUUAAUUGGGCCCGUGAUGAUGGAAUUUUGCUUCUCGAGGUCAACAGGAUGCUCAGAGCUGGAGGAUACUUUGCUUGGGCAGCACAACCAGUUUACAAACAUGAAGAGAUUCUAGAAGAACAAUGGAAAGAGAUGGUAGAUCUUACUGACCGCCUUUGCUGGGAGCUUGUGAAGAAGGAGGGAUAUAUUGCCAUUUGGAAAAAACCUCUAAACAACAGCUGCUAUGUGAAUCGUGAUGCUGGAACAAAACCUCCAUUAUGUGAUCCAGAUGAUGACCCAGACAAUGUCUGGUAUGUUGAUUUGAAGGCAUGCAUCACUCGACUACCUGAGAAUGGCUAUGGAGCAAAUGUUGCGAUGUGGCCUGCACGCCUGCAUGACCCACCAGAUAGGCUCCAGAGCAUACAAAUGGAUGCCUACAUAUCUAGAAAAGAGCUUUUCAAAGCAGAAUGGAAAUAUUGGAAUGAGAUAAUAGGAAGUUAUGUUCGUGCCUUCCGCUGGAAAAAAUUGAAGUUACGAAAUGUUCUGGACAUGAGAGCUGGAUUUGGAGGAUUUGCAGCAGCAUUAAUUGAUCAACAGAUUGAUUGCUGGGUACUGAAUGUUGUUCCUGUUAGUGGGCCAAACACCUUGCCUGUUAUAUUUGACCGCGGACUUAUAGGGGUUAUGCAUGAUUGGUGUGAACCGUUUGAUACAUAUCCAAGAACUUAUGAUUUGCUGCAUGCAUCUGGCCUCUUCUCUACUGAACAAAAAAGAUGCAAUAUCUCUACAAUCAUGCUUGAGAUGGAUCGGAUUCUGAGACCAGGGGGACGUAUAUACAUCCGUGAUGCCCUGUCCAUUAUAAAUGAAGUUCAGGAGGUAUCCAAAGCCAUGGGAUGGCAUACGACAUUACGCGACACAUCUGAGGGUCCACAUGCAAGUUGGAAGAUCCUGAUGGGUGAGAAACGCCUAUUACGUGCAUAGAGAGGGUCAAGGCUCAGGAGGCAAAUUGAUAUUGACAUUAAUUCUUUUUUACAAAUUGGUAGCUUUGAGCAGAAUGGAGCUUGAAGAAAUGUUUCUAUGCAUUGUCCCGUUCUUUAUCUAGUUCUGGCUCUUUGCUCAGAGUCAGAUCGUAGUGAUUUAACAGAGUUGAAUUCUUCCCGACGUAAAACGUUUUUGGAAAUUUCCCAUGUAUUUUAACGAUAGAAAUUCGUAUAGGCAUACUAACGUGUUACAGAUCAUUACUUGAAAUUGACAUGUUCAAAUGAGUAGCAUUAA